AUGUCACGAACACUCACUCCUCUUCGUUCGAUCAUAUGCACCUCCAAACCGAAACCUCCAAACCGCUCCCUCUUCACCCUGAACCGCCUCCUCUCCACAACCCCACGCCACCACAUCCACCCCUCCCCAUCUCGACCCCAAUCUUCCUCACCAGCAGAAUUCCCCUUCCGCACCGGCCCCUCCCCACCCCGACUCCCAAAGGAAGAACAAGAACUCUUCGAAGCCCUCCAACGCCAAUCCACUGGAGCAUUCUCCACCCCCAGAGACACCCCCGCCUCACAGCGUAGAACCGCGCCACGCAUAAACCAAUCCCCCGACUCCAACCCGUCAGACAUCGCAGACGCAGAGGGCCUGAUCUCAAGUCGCACAGACAACUCAGCAUCAGAGUCACAUCAAUCCAGCACUUCCUCAGAAAUCCAUUCUCAGUCGCCCGUAGAGGAGGAACAAGAGAUAAACCGCGUAAUCGAAGCAAGGGGCAGUGGAGAGGAGUUGCACCCCGCGGUGCGGAGGGGCGCGACGCCGGAGUUUGAGGGCGAUGUGAAUCCGAAGACGGGAGAGGUGGGGGGACCGAAGAACGAGCCGCUGAGAUGGGGAAGUGCGGGCGAGUGGAGCUAUAAUGGAAGGACUACUGAUUUUUGA